GAAGUCCAGAAACGUGCACGCACUUCGGGUGGACUCUGCCCCUUCUCUGCAUUUAAGAUUCAGGAGUGAGGGCCUGUGGACCUUAAAGAGGAAACCAACCCUCGCAAUUUAUAUCCACUCCUGGCUUUACAGACUUUUGCCUCAGUAAUAAACAACCCAGAAGCCGAAUACAUCAAUAAAUAAACAAGGCUAUUUUAAGAGGUGACAUGAACCUUGAAGAGUAUUUUGCGAGAACUGGCUAUAAAGGUUCCCUUGAAAAACAAGAUUUGGAAACACUAACCGACAUAUUCCAGCACCACAUCCGUGCUGUUCCCUUCGAAAACCUCAGCAUCCAUUGCGGGGAGAAAAUUACUUUGGAGUUGGAGCACGUUUAUAACAAAAUCGUGCGGAGGAAGCGGGGUGGCUGGUGCAUGGAAAACAACCAGCUGUUGGGCUGGGUCCUGAAACGCCUGGGGUACGACGCCAGUUUUCUGGGAGCGUACGUGUUCAAUCCACAUCAAAAUGCCUACGCCACCAUCAUGACCCAUCUCCUGGUUAAGGUAGUUCUCGAUGGCAAAGCCUACAUCGUUGACGGAGGCUUCGGUGUAUCGUACCAGAUGUGGCAACCGAUGGAGCUCGUGUCAGGGAAAGACCAGCCCCAGGCUCCCGGUGUCUUUCGCUUCACGGAAAAAAAUGCCAUCUGGUACCUUGAGAAAAUGAGGCGGAAACAAUACAUCCCCAAUCAAAAUUUCUCCAAUUCUGAUCUUCUGGAGAAAAAAGAGUGUCGGAAAGUUUAUAUGUUCAGCCUUGAGCCACGGACAGUGGAAGAUUUCUGUUUCCAGUGCACGUACCUUCAGACAUCUCCCGAUUCCCUCUUCACAAAGAAGUCCAUCUGCACCCUCCAGACCACCGAUGGCUUUCGAGCGCUAAUUGGGUGGACACUCACCGAGACCACAUACAACUACAAGGAAAAUAUGGAUCUGGUGGAAUUUGUAACUCUUGAAGAUGAAGAGGUGGAAAAAACCCUCAAAGAGAAAUUCAACAUAACCCUAGAUAGAAAACUUGUCCCAAUUAAUGUCAAAGGAUUUUACACAAUCUAGAUGACCAGAAAAACCUACAAUAAUGCUACGUAUGUACAGUACCUUCCACGGUCUGCACAAUCACUUCCAUAAGAUUAUGUGAUUCUUCUGCAGGCAAUUAAAGAAAAAAUACAUUAAUACCAGAUUAAAGUGAAUUUCACUCUGGGGAAAAAAAUCAAGAAAUUUAAGACUCUUCUGGCAGGUAGAAUUAUUUGCUGUGAGAUGACUGCAGUUCAACUUUUGGCACAAAUGUAGGAUCUGAUUUGAAUCUGGUUAUAAACCUGGGUAAUAAAUAUGUCUGGGGAAUUUUGGAAUGCCUAUAGCACAUAAAUAGGAGCAUGGAUUAUUAAUUGUGAUACGGCGCCAACACAUCUUCUAUGGUUAUUAUAGGGAGAAAAGUCAUCUGUGAGCAUUUAGACAAUGAAGUACACAUUUAAAACUUCAUUUUCCACAAGAUCUAACCACUCGCAGCUCAUGUCAUUUCUCUGCCUUUAAUAUAAGUAAAACUAUGUCAUCUUCGAAAGGGUCAUUAGGAGGCAUAAUUCUUUCACCAUCACCCUUAGACAAAAUGAAAAUUAUCAUCAUGUGCAUCCCCUUUUGCCGUUACCGCAGUAAAAUGCCCAAAGUAAUUUUUGGCAUGAAUGUAUUUUUCCGGUGAUGAAAACCGUAUAUAUUGCAGCGUUAUUGAGGCUGAUGGGCUCUAAGGAGAUACCUACAAGCUUUGCGUCUGACAAGUAAUCAUCCUAUAAAGGGUGGAUGGUACUUAAACAUCACAACUGGCUUAGAUUUACUUCUGUCUCAAAGGGGGUGGAAAUUUUGGAGUUUUAGCAUUGCGAGUUAUUUCUAUAACAAAGGUAGAACAAUGAAGCUAACCCCUCUACACCCUCAUUUUGCACUCUUUGUGUAUAGCAAAUAUGGGAGUCCAUACGGCUAUCCUGAACGAGCACCACUUAGCACAGGAGCUUUAGUGUCACAAGUGAGUUCAUUCAUCUGUACCAAAGUGCAAAAAUCAAGGAGCCAACCAAAUCUAAAGGAAUCCCUUUCUUUAGAAUUAUUUCACGAUCACAUUUCCUCAUUUUUUAAUUUUUUUUUUUUUCCAAAAAGCCUAAACAAGGAAACAAAUGAGAAAGGGGAAACAUUCUCAAAUGCAUCAAAAAAAUAGCAGUAGCACUUAAAAAACACCCUUUCUCCCCAAUCUACGGUAAUCCCGAGUAUUGGUCAAGUGUUGAUUCCUCCCACUGAUAGCGUAUCUUUUUGCUCAAAGACAUUAUCUGAUCAUAAAUCUCACAAAUGCUGUAAGCGUGUACCUUAAAAUAAAUAAAGGAAAAUAAAACCACAAAGAGUUGCUGUAAAUACAGCCUCCCCCCGCAACCACACAACUCCUGACACACCAUUUGUGAAGUAAACGAGGUCUGUUCAACGGCCAGCCCUCCCCACCACAAACUUCUUGAACCAAACAGGCCAAUAUUGGACAAAUUUGACGGCAGUGUUGGAGAUGGUAAGUUCCUACAGGUUCCUGGAAAAAGAGCUUGUAGUCUGAGGAAGACGACGAUCACCGAAGAGGAGGCCCAGCAGUCCCCCCUCUCUGCUGGGCUCAGCAGCCAACAUCUCCGGGCUGGCCAUGGUGUGUGCCAGCUCUUCCCCAAUGACCGGCCGUGGUGGCAGCCGAUGGCCUGGGUGCGUGCGUACUUGCACGAGAUGGGGAACCAAGGGCCAAGCAGGAGGCGACAGAGGACACUGAAAGAUCUUACUGAGGUGGGAACACAGUUUUUCUAUAAAUAAUGUAACCAAGGACUUUUUUCUCUAAUUCGUGUUCAUAUUAUUCUCUCAUACCAAGGUCCCAUUAUGGGUUUUUACUGCUUUCUAUAUGAUUGAUCAGACUGAGGUGUUCACCGAGACCCCAGGGAACAUCCUGAGCUUCAAAACACUCACCACCUCCAUUCUAGCUGACAGAAAUUCCCAUCUGCGUUCACCCUGGUCACCAAACCAUAUUUCUCUCUGCAAUGAACUACACUUAUCUGCUGGUGCUGCUGCCUCUCAUCUUGAGGGCAGCCAUUAACAGACUGGUUGUUUUGCCUCCGUACUUCUCUAGAGAUGUUCCUGCUGUUGCUCCCAAGUAAUUGCUCGGGUUAUGGUGUGCAAGGGUUUCUUGAGUAGACUCAUAUCAGUAUUUUUAACUCCCUGCAAUGAUGGGACUCAACCCAGACACCCCCCUUCUACUACUCUAGUUACUAAAAAUCUAGAGGGCUGCCGACAGCUGAAGCUUCAACCAUCUCCCUGACUCCAUCUGUUGGCAACCACUCUCUGAGCGGCAUUUUUCCUCUUGAUGUGACAAUUAUAAUCAGGUCCUCACUGUGUGCGACAUAAAAUCACAUGAAGAAAUGUCAACAUGUACAGCUGAGGAACAGUUUCACAGUUUAACUAAAGCUCCCCAAAAGCUGACAAAAGCAGGUUGUUGAGGUGUGAAUGCCUCAGAGGUCUGAGAUGAGAAUGGUGUAAAACCAAACAAAACCAAACAUGCCCAGAGGCCUCAAGCUGGGGUUCCAUUAGCAAGGCAUUAGUGUAAAAGGGAGAUGCUCUCCCAGGCUGAAAAGAAAAGAAACAACCAAGUCCUUAAAGCAUCAGCUCUCAGAGAAACUUGUGUUCACAUGCACAAAGGACGCAAGGGAUGUUUGACAUCCUUCACCACCACUAUGCUUUAACGCUCUCUCCAAGAAAGGUUUAAUGAGAACCUAAGCUAUUGUGCAGUUUUUGUUGCUGACUGUUGUUGAAAUGAAGCAGAACAAACACUUACAAUCCCCCAUCCAGGCCCUGUCUAAUUCCAAAUACAAUUUAAAAGUAUGGUAUUCCAAUUAACAGAAAGACGAGACAAUUUCUUUUUAAGUCUGAAUGCCGGAUUAAGUCCCAGAAUCCCAGCCCAGCUGCCCAUUACACACACACACAAUGCCCAAUGGCAAGGACGGCCAUCCGCGAUGGUGGAAUUGUAGAAUGGAGUGUCUUAUGACAAAGCCAGACACACAACAGAGGCAACACGGUUCAAACUCCAUGGCACCACUGAACACCCUGCCCCAUCCCCGGAGAAUCAAAGUUUAACACGCUCAUGCAUUACUAAAGGAAGGCUACAGGACGGCUUGCUUCAGUUGGACUCUGGUCCUGGACUUUUCAAGAUCCAAUACUAAGCAGAAAAAAAGUAACACAAUGAGAAACAUCAGCAAGAACGAGGAAGUUGUUCAACACUUCUGCGUUUCCAACAUCAGCAUUUAUUACCGAAAUAAACACUGUCAGCCUGUCAAAGGGAGGGACAAAGCUUCACCUGAUAAGAGACAUCCUUAAACUUAACACUGUGAGCUGUCAGCGAGCACGAACCGCAACGCACACUUUGCUUUGUUCGCUUUAAUAGGUACCUUAGUGUAACAGGCACAAACCCUUCUGGUGUCUGAGAACUCUUUACCCAUUCAAUUUUGCAGGUAGCCAUUUUCUUUAACA